AUGUUUCCUUCAAAGUGUAUAUUUUAUGUAGUUUUCUCUAGUAUUAUUGUGGCCUGUAUUAGUAGAAAAGAUUCGGUUACCGAUGGCAAAGUUAUAAAAACAUUUCCAUAUAGAUUCUUCUAUCAACGUCAUGAUCGCAUAAAUAUGAACGUGACCUUAAAAAAUAUACCCCCGAAUGUGACUUCGGCAAAAUUGCUAUUACAGUAUUCAAGUGGGUUCGUAGUCACCUAUUUUGACAUAGGCCGAGAUAACUCUUUGCAAUUCCAAGAAGAAAUUGAAGAAGAAAUUAUUUAUAUUGACGUUGAAUUAGAAGAUUUAGCAAACGGAACACGUACAAUACGAUUAUGUGAAGGAGUACAAGCAAAUGUAAGAAAACCUUUAGGUUUGUGGGAGACAGAACUUGUAGAAAUUCUUAAUCGUCCAGGUCCUUGUUUUCAUAAAUCUGAGAGUUGCAUGCUCGAGUUAGAUUUAGGAUAUAAAUAUAUCGAAACUCUCUCAAAUGUAGAACUUAUUGUAAUACCAUUUUCUGUCGUAUUCAUGCUGGUGUUAAUAUUGCAAGCUAUCGAAGCUAUAAGGAAGCAUUGCAGGAAGAAACCAGAUACAGCCAACAGACCACCAAUGCCUCUCCCAUAUCGUCCAUUUUACCUGAAUCUACUCUUCCAAAAGGAAUGUGAACGAGAAAUUCGAGAGAAGGAAGGUCAACUCUGCGAAGAAAAUAUUUAUGAAGAAAUUGAUCCGUUUUAGAGAUUUUCAAUCACCUAGCUUUUUCCUUAGUAUGUAUUUUAAAUAGCAAAAUAAAGUCUGCUCUUUUAUUUA